AUGCAGCGCUCAAGCGACGCCACAGCAGCAGACCAAGCCAGGUCGGCGAAAAGGAGCCUGACCUUCCCGUCUGUCUCCAUCGGGAAGUACAUCUUCUCCAGCGAGAAGCUGCGCCACGUCAACAUGCGCUCCUGCAACGAUCGAAGCGGAGACCGGGUUGUGGCCUACAUCUGCGACCAGUAUUGUGCAGAAGUGCACUGGUCGAAAGUGACAGGCACAAAGCGCUACAAGAUGACCGAGCAAGUCCAAGCGCGUUGGCCGGCGGUCAUGCAGCGCUCAAGCGACGCCACAGCAGCAGACCAAGCCAGGUCGGCGAAAAGGAGCCUGACCUUCCCGUCUGUCUCCAUCGGGAAGUACAUCUUCUCCAGCGAGAAGCUGCGCCACGUCAACAUGCGCUCCUGCAACGAUCGAAGCGGAAACCGGGUUGUGGCCUACAUCUGCGACCAGUAUUGUGCAGAAGUGCACUGGUCGAAAGUGACAGGCACAAAGCGCUACAAGAUGACCGAGCAAGUCCAAGCGCGUUGGCCGGCGGUCAUGCAGCGCUCAAGCGACGCCACAGCAGCAGACCAAGCCAGGUCGGCGAAAAGGAGCCUGACCUUCCCGUCUGUCUCCAUCGGGAAGUACAUCUUCUCCAGCGAGAAGCUGCGCCACGUCAACAUGCGCUCCUGCAACGAUCGAAGCGGAGACCGGGUUGUGGCCUACAUCUGCGACCAGUAUUGUGCAGAAGUGCACUGGUCGAAAGUGACAGGCACAAAGCGCUACAAGAUGACCGAGCAAGUCCAAGCGCGUUGGCCGGCGGUCAUGCAGCGCUCAAGCGACGCCACAGCAGCAGACCAAGCCAGGUCGGCGAAAAGGAGCCUGACCUUCCCGUCUGUCUCCAUCGGGAAGUACAUCUUCUCCAGCGAGAAGCUGCGCCACGUCAACAUGCGCUCCUGCAACGAUCGAAGCGGAGACCGGGUUGUGGCCUACAUCUGCGACCAGUAUUGUGCAGAAGUGCACUGGUCGAAAGUGACAGGCACAAAGCGCUACAAGAUGACCGAGCAAGUCCAAGCAGCAGACCAAGCCAGGUCGGCGAAAAGGAGCCUGACCUUCCCGUCUGUCUCCAUCGGGAAGUACAUCUUCUCCAGCGAGAAGCUGCGCCACGUCAACAUGCGCUCCUGCAACGAUCGAAGCGGAGACCGGGUUGUGGCCUACAUCUGCGACCAGUAUUGUGCAGAAGUGCACUGGUCGAAAGUGACAGGCACAAAGCGCUACAAGAUGACCGAGCAAGUCCAAGCGCGUUGGCCGGCGGUCAUGCAGCGCUCAAGGGACGCCACAGCAGCAGACCAAGCCAGGUCGGCGAAAAGGAGCCUGACCUUCCCGUCUGUCUCCAUCCGGAAGUACAUCUUCUCCAGCGAGAAGCUGCGCCACGUCAACAUGCGCUCCUGCAACGAUCGAAGCGGAGACCGGGUUGUGGCCUACAUCUGCGACCAGUAUUGUGCAGAAGUGCACUGGUCGAAAGUGACAGGCACAAAGCGCUACAAGAUGACCGAGCAAGUCCAAGCGCGUUGGCCGGCGGUCAUGCAGCACUCAAGCGACGCCACAGCAGCAGACCAAGCCAGGUCGGCGAAAAGGAGCCUGACCUUCCCGUCUGUCUCCAUCGGGAAGUACAUCUUCUCCAGCGAGAAGCUGCGCCACGUCAACAUGCGCUCCUGCAACGAUCGAAGCGGAGACCGGGUUGUGGCCUACAUCUGCGACCAGUAUUGUGCAGAAGUGCACUGGUCGAAAGUGACAGGCACAAAGCGCUACAAGAUGACCGAGCAAGUCCAAGCGCGUUGGCCGGCGGUCAUGCAGCGCUCAAGCGACGCCACAGCAGCAGACCAAGCCAGGUCGGCGAAAAGGAGCCUGACCUUCCCGUCUGUCUCCAUCGGGAAGUACAUCUUCUCCAGCGAGAAGCUGCGCCACGUCAACAUGCGCUCCUGCAACGAUCGAAGCGGAGACCGGGUUGUGGCCUACAUCUGCGACCAGUAUUGUGCAGAAGUGCACUGGUCGAAAGUGACAGGCACAAAGCGCUACAAGAUGACCGAGCAAGUCCAAGCGCGUUGGCCGGCGGUCAUGCAGCGCUCAAGCGACGCCACAGCAGCAGACCAAGCCAGGUCGGCGAAAAGGAGCCUGACCUUCCCGUCUGUCUCCAUCGGGAAGUACAUCUUCUCCAGCGAGAAGCUGCGCCACGUCAACAUGCGCUCCUGCAACGAUCGAAGCGGAGACCGGGUUGUGGCCUACAUCUGCGACCAGUAUUGUGCAGAAGUGCACUGGUCGAAAGUGACAGGCACAAAGCGCUACAAGAUGACCGAGCAAGUCCAAGCGCGUUGGCCGGCGGUCAUGCAGCGCUCAAGCGACGCCACAGCAGCAGACCAAGCCAGGUCGGCGAAAAGGAGCCUGACCUUCCCGUCUGUCUCCAUCGGGAAGUACAUCUUCUCCAGCGAGAAGCUGCGCCACGUCAACAUGCGCUCCUGCAACGAUCGAAGCGGAGACCGGGUUGUGGCCUACAUCUGCGACCAGUAUUGUGCAGAAGUGCACUGGUCGAAAGUGACAGGCACAAAGCGCUACAAGAUGACCGAGCAAGUCCAAGCGCGUUGGCCGGCGAUCAUGCAGCGCUCAAGCGACGCCACAGCAGCAGACCAAGCCAGGUCGGCGAAAAGGAGCCUGACCUUCCCGUCUGUCUCCAUCGGGAAGUACAUCUUCUCCAGCGAGAAGCUGCGCCACGUCAACAUGCGCUCCUGCAACGAUCGAAGCGGAGACCGGGUUGUGGCCUACAUCUGCGACCAGUAUUGUGCAGAAGUGCACUGGUCGAAAGUGACAGGCACAAAGCGCUACAAGAUGACCGAGCAAGUCCAAGCGCGUUGGCCGGCGAUCAUGCAGCGCUCAAGCGACGCCACAGCAGCAGACCAAGCCAGGUCGGCGAAAAGGAGCCUGACCUUCCCGUCUGUCUCCAUCGGGAAGUACAUCUUCUCCAGCGAGAAGCUGCGCCACGUCAACAUGCGCUCCUGCAACGAUCGAAGCGGAGACCGGGUUGUGGCCUACAUCUGCGACCAGUAUUGUGCAGAAGUGCACUGGUCGAAAGUGACAGGCACAAAGCGCUACAAGAUGACCGAGCAAGUCCAAGCGCGUUGGCCGGCGAUCAUGCAGCGCUCAAGCGACGCCACAGCAGCAGACCAAGCCAGGUCGGCGAAAAGGAGCCUGACCUUCCCGUCUGUCUCCAUCGGGAAGUACAUCUUCUCCAGCGAGAAGCUGCGCCACAUCAACAUGCGCUCCUGCAACGAUCGAAGCGGAGACCGGGUUGUGGCCUACAUCUGCGACCAGUAUUGUGCAGAAGUGCACUGGUCGAAAGUGACAGGCACAAAGCGCUACAAGAUGACCGAGCAAGUCCAAGGUAAUUUUUGGAGCGCUACAAGAUGA